GUUAUUUUUUAAACCUGGUGUAGAAGCAAACGUUGUGCGAAAAUGAAGUGGUUCUCCCUUGCUACGUUGCUUGUCGUGAUCUGUGCGAUGAACACAGUCAGCGGUCAAGCUCCGCCCACAAUCGGCGAUCUCAUCACCCAGCUCACCUCCCUGGUUGGAAAGUCCCUUCCCUUUUUCGCACAGUUCCUGGGCCAGCUUUCGAUGCCAGUGCUGGACCCUGCCCAGGAUUACACCAGUUUGGACGCCAUCAACAAACAGUUGACUCAAUUAGUCUCCACUUUCCAAAAAUUCUCACCCUACCUCGUGUGGAUUGUUCAACCGGGCAACGCCAAAACGCCACCGGAAAAGACGUUUGCCGAAGCGGUUACCGCCUUUGCCAACGUGCUGCCGCAGCUCAAUCAAAUGAUGACGCUGAUUUUGACUAACAUUCAGAGCGGAAACAUGUCAGGAUAAGAUCAGUAAUAAAAAUGACUUGUUGAUUAAUUGAAUUCAGUCAACAUGCGUGCAUGUUCAAGAA